GUAGGUCCGCAUCUCCCCUCAGUAAAAUGGCUCAAGGACAUCAUCGUCAUUUUUUUAUUUGAUGCCAAAGACUUUUUCAUUUUUGCAGACUUCUUAAACCAUCCUUCUUCUCUAUAUUAACCAAGUAACCAACGAUUCCUCCACACUCUCUCCCAACUUUUUUUUUUUUUUUGGGUUAGUCUCUCACCCCGGUCGGUCAAAAUGCAGCUCCUUCCGGUCAUCUUACCGACAGUACUAUACGUCUUCCUCCACCUUUUAAGAGGCGGCUCUGCCUCUGUUCCGCCAUUGGCUCAUUCCAGUCAACACGUGCCAGCCUCUCAUUGGCUUCCCGCUACCGCCACCUGGUACGGAAGUCCCGAGGGCGACGGCAGCAGCGGAGGAGCUUGUGGUUACGGGUCGCUAGUGGAUGUGAAGCCCUUCAAGGCUAGAGUUGGAGCGGUGAGUCCGAUUCUGUUCAAGAGCGGCGAAGGCUGUGGUGCAUGUUACAAGGUCAGGUGUCUCGACAAGACCAUUUGCUCUAAGAGAGCGGUCACCAUUAUUGUUACCGACCAGUCACCGUCAGGACCAUCUGCUAAAGCAAAACACACUCACUUCGACCUCAGUGGUGCAGCCUUUGGCCAUAUGGCUAUUCCCGGCCAUAACGGCGUCAUCCGCAACCGUGGUCUAUUAAACAUCCUCUACCGCCGAACGGCAUGCAAAUACAGAGGGAAGAACAUAGCAUUCCAUGUGAACGCAGGAUCAACUGAUUAUUGGCUAUCUCUUCUAAUUGAGUAUGAAGAUGGUGAAGGAGACAUUGGCUCUAUGCACAUUCGUCAAGCCGGGUCUAAGGAGUGGAUAGCGAUGAAGCACAUAUGGGGAGCAAACUGGUGCAUCGUGGCAGGACCACUCGAGGGACCAUUCUCCGUCAAGCUCACCACUUUGUCCAACAACAAGACACUCUCCGCCACCGACGUCAUCCCCAGUAACUGGGUUCCCAAAGCUACUUACACCUCCCGGCUCAACUUCUCCCCUGUUCUCUAAUUAGCCUCUCCUCAUUAUUUAAUUUUUUGUUGUUGUGGGAGAGAGUAACACAAAGAGGACAAUGAGUGAAGAGAGAGAGAGCAAACAGUAAGUAAUACCAGAGAUCAACUGUAGCCAUCUCCAAAGUUAGGGGAAGAAGAGCUUGCAAUGUAUGUGUGACUACUAACUUUCUAUGUUGUCCCUUUUCUUGUUUUCCUUGUCCAUAUAGGGAUGUGUGUGUCAUCUAUAA